AUGCCUUCGGAAGACAGUCCCGAAGAGACAGCCAGGCGAUCAUCUGUUGACGCGGGCUCAGCCAAUGAACCUGACGACAAUCAGUCUGCGGACCAUAAGCACUCAGACGGAAGGGAAAAGUCCUUGUCACAUGAGAGUUCAAGCAGUGUAGCUCAAUCACCCUCGCCCGAAGAAGAUGCUCCUCCCCUUCCAGACGAGCAAGCUCCACCUCUUCCCGCCGAGCAGGCCCCAGAUGAUCAGAACGACGACGGAUGGGCUCCAGUCUGGGACGAUCAUGCGCAAGCAUACUAUUUCUACAAUCGCUUCACCAAUGCCACACAAUGGCAAAAUCCUAGAGUUCCUGAGGCAUCCCAGUCCGUAACAGCGCCAGCCUCAGAGGGUCCCAGAUCCACUGUCGGUGGCUACAACCCUGCGGUCCACGGCGACUACGACCCCAACGCCGAUUAUGCAAAGGCUGCGCAGACCACCUUUGAAGAGCACGAUUCUGCUGCGACGGCGGCAAGCGCAGCUGAGCUAUAUGCCGCGACUGGAUCAUUCAAUCGCUUUACCGGCAAGUGGCAAAAUGCAGACUUUACCCCCGAACGCUUCAGCGACGAGUCCAAGAGCAAGAGACAAAUGAAUGCAUUCUUCGACGUUGAUGCUGCAGCCAACAGUCAUGAUGGACGGAGCCUAAAGGCCGAGCGAGCCAACAAGAAAGUCAGCAAGAAGGAGCUUCAGGCGUUCAAGGAUAAACGACGAGAAAAGAAGGAGGAGAAACGAAGAGCAUGGCUACGAGAUUAG